AAACUCAUUUCUUUUUCCUACAUCAAUCAAUCAAGAUUGUUUUAGAUUUUCGUAAAAACGAACCAAUUGUCAACUGAUAAUGGAUCACAAAAAGCAUCAAUCCGGAGGUUCUUCUUCGUCUUCUUCAUUUACGGAGAAUCUGUUUGGCCCCAAGGAUGCAUCCUCGGCCUCCUCGUCGGGCCUUUUCAGCACUGUUUUCGGUCCCUCCUCCACGGGUCUUGGAAGACAUCCAUCUCACUCUAACAACACAGGAUCAUCCAAAAACAAGGAGUCUGGUGGUCUAUAUGGAAGUGGCAAACCUUCUACACCAGAUUACAAGACACAAAGAAGCGCGGGUCCAGUUUACCAAAAUGAAACGGCAGAACCAAGCUAUCUCAGUUCAUCCAUCUAUUAUGGUGGCCAAGAAGAUUAUGCCCCAAAUACAGAAACCACACGCCCUCCACAUACAUCCAAGAAAGAUGGAGGUGAUAAUGAUCCAAAUGGGAGCAGUGCUUCAAGGGGAAACUGGUGGCAAGGAUCUCUUUACUAUUAAAUGAUAUUCCUUUGUAUCAUGGAUGAAGAUGAAGAUUAGGGAGUGGCAAGACCGUAAAUAAUCCUAAAGUUUUGGUCUAUCAAGGUCAUGAUAUCUGUUUGUUUGUUGGUCUUAUGUCUUAGAAAGUGUCUGAUGUUGAAUGUGUAUGGUCAACUCUCUUAAUGGCAUAUUCUUAGUGGUAUAUAUAUCUAUGGAAAUGGAAUAUGUAAACCUUCUUUAGUUUUUUUAAGCCGUUAACUUCCUUUCUUAUUGUU